CUUAAUUGAGGUCGGUGAGUCUCACCCGCCGACACUUUCCGCUGAAAUCUCGUCCUCUCCAGUCCAUUCAGAAUAGGUUCAGGAAGUGAUUUCAGAUUCCCAUUCACAGUCAUGUGGUGAUACAGUCUCUCUCUCACACACACACACACACACACUCAUCAUGGCCCACCCGUAUGACCCCUGGUUGCGUGCGGGGCCGCCGCAGGAGGAGGUGAGCAUGUCUGGCUGGUGGGACAUGCACGCCGGAGCAGCUGCAGGCUGGAUGGACCUGCAGGGGGUGGGGCUGGGGGCGGGGUUAGCUCAGGGCGGCUCCAUGAGCUCCUACACACCUGAGCCGCAGAUGUGCUCCACCCACUCCGGCCUGCACUACCCGCCCGAGGGGUUUAAGAUGGAGCCGCUGAUACAGGAUCUGCUGCCGCUGGCGCAGGCCUCCUCGUCGUACUCCUUGGAGGAGCAGCAGGAUGCCGCAGGUGCUUCCGCUCGACCCAAAUCACAGCGUCGCGCCGGCAGUCGCGCUCCCGGCCAGGCCUCCUGCCGCUGUCCCAACUGCCUGAGCACAGAGUCUUUGGGAAACGCCAGUGAUAAACGCAAGCACCUGCACAACUGCCACAUCCCCGGCUGCGGGAAAGCCUACGUGAAGACGUCGCACCUCAAAGCGCACCUGCGCUGGCACAGUGGCGACCGGCCCUUUGUCUGCAACUGGCUAUUCUGCGGCAAGCGCUUCACGCGCUCGGACGAGCUGCAGCGCCACCUGCAGACGCACACCGGCGCCAAGCGCUUCGGCUGCAGCUCGUGCCCACGGGUCUUCCUGCGCGCCGACCACCUGGCCAAACACAUGCGCGUGCACGAGUCGCCGUGCCAAGCGGCCGAGGAGACUCGAUCCGAGGCGACCGCAGCAUCUGCGACAGCGACGUCACUGCUCAGAGUGAAGACGGAAUCGGAGAACUGCGAUGACGACGACACGGCGGUUGCGAACGGCUAAUCGGUCGUAAGGGUCAUACGACCAAUAAGGCCUACCGUUAAACGAGAUCAUUCUGAAGGCGACUGAAAUGAACUAUAAUCACAUCUGUAAAUGAUCUGUAGAAGACGCCAUUAGGAUUAAAUACGUAAUGCUUCUCUAUCUUCAGUUUUAUUUAUAUUUGUACAUUUUGUGUUUCAUAUUCUCUGUUAAUUAACUUAAGAUGUUGUGUUUCG